AUGUAAGCAGAUAUAACAAAUUUAAUAGAAACAUCAUAAUUUUUAGAGAGACGUAAUAAAUCUAAUUCAAAUGCAUUGAAAUCCAUUUUAUAAUCUUAACAACAUUGUGAAUUUAUUAAACUUCAAAGUCCAAAGUCUAAUAAAUGUAGUUAAACUAUAUUCUAAAAACUUAUUAAUUCUUAAGAUAAUGUAUCAAAAAGACAUCAAAUUUUAGAAAUUGAAAGAAAUUUCACAAAAAGUAUUAAUAAUGAAAACAGAAGUGAAUAUUUAUAAAAAAUGGAAGGUUUUAUAAAAGACCUUUUAUUUGAGGAGUUUAGAGAAUUAUCAUUUCUAUUUAAUUCUUUUAUCAAAGAGAUGUAAUUUAAUUUAGCAGAACAGCAAACCUAAUUAAUGUAUAAUUAGAGAUAAUAAGAAAAAGUAAAUUUGGAUAAUAUUUCGACAUAAAAAUAAUAAUUUUUAGAAAAGAUCACUAAUUUAGAAUUGAUUAUUAGUUCAAAAGAUAAAAAAUUAAAUGAAUUAAAGGAGAAUAAUUUAAAAUUUGAGAAAGAUAUAUCAGAAUUGAUUAAUAGGAAUAGUACAUUAAUAUAGAAAGUAGAAUAAAGAAAUAAAAUAAUAAAUAAAAAUGAUAAAAUGAUAAAGUAAUAAGAAUCUGAAAUUUCUAUUUUACGAUAGAAAAUAUAAUGUUAUGAGAAUAAAUUACAUUAGAGUUAUGAAACUAUUUCAUAAUUAAAUCUUUUAUAAAAUAAUAAAUAAUCUAAUAAUUAUCUAUUAAAUAGAUAAUCAACUACUUAAUUAAAUCGAUAAUAAACUUCCUUUAUAAAUCGUCAAUAGACUAUAUCAUUAAAUAGACAAUAAACAGUUUAGACUCAUUCUCCUAAACUUUUAGAUACUGAAGAUUAAAAUGAUAGUCCUUUAAGUGAUACUUUAAAUGAAUAAUAAUAAUAAGAAGAAGAAUAAUUAAAUUAAUUGGAAAUUAAUUUUGAAAGAAUUAUAAAAUAAGCAUAAAAAGAAUAAUAAGUUGAAAUAGAUUUACUUCCAUUUUAUACAAAGGAAAUUGAAAUUUAAACAGAAUUAACAUUGAUUGAUUCUUAAUUUGAUAUAAUUUAAUAAUCUAAUAUAAGUAAUGCUGUUAAAUACACAGAAUUUAUUGAAAAAGUAGGUAGAAAAGGAUCAGAAGAAAGUUUAAUAGAUUAAAUUAUUGAUGAAACAUAUGAUUAAUUGGAUGUAACUUAAAAUCAUAAAAAAAAUAUUGAAAUGAAUAAAUCUUAAUUCUCAAUGAUCAAAUCAGGUUAUUCAUAAAAUGGAUAAAAUACAUAAUAAUAAAUGCCUACUCUAACUAGAUGUGAUUCAAAUAUCAUAAAUAAUUAAGUGCCACUUAAAAAAGAUCCUAAAUCAAAAUAAGUCUUAUCUUUUAUUACCUUUUUGAAGACUAGGAUGUAAUAAUAGGAAUAGGAAUUACAUUAUAAUAAUGAAUAAAUUACUCAAUAUGAAUUAAAUAUCUAGAAUGUAAAUAUGUAAAUGGAUGAAUUAUAAAAAGAAAAUGAACGAUUGUAAAUUUAAUUAGCAUAGAUGAAUUCUAAAAUUCAAUUAUCUCAAUUAUCUCAAAGCCAAUCAGAACUUAAAUAGUAAGAAGAUGAUGUACAUUAAUCAUAAGAUUCAUUAGUAGUUAAUAGUUAGAAACGUUUAUCUGUCUUAGUCAAACAAGGAACAUUUAAAGAAACAAAAAAGUAAAGAAAGGCACCUUAAUUAGGUUAAAAAGUUGUAAUUUCAUAUGAUUUUUAAAAAGAUUAAUCUAAAAAGAUAAUAGAAAAGUUAAAAAAUAAAUAAAUGCAGAAAUUUAACAAUUUUAUGCCUAUAAAAUUAGUGUUGAAAUACAUAACUACAUUGUACAAUGAAAAAUUACAGAGUUAGAAAGAGUACAAACAGAUAAGAGAUCAAGAUAUGGGUUCAUAUAUAUAUAAUUAUUAUUUAUAAUAAUUUGGAUUUACAAAAGUUACUGAAUAAAAGUAUUAAGUAUUGCUUUUAUCAGUUAAAAAAAAUAUAAAGAUAGUUAGAAUUAAUAUGUUUGCAAGAUUUAUGGGACUAUUGGAAUAGAAUGUUAAUUAUACUAUUGAAGAAUAAUAGAAAUAUUUAGAGGCUUGGGAUUUUAUGAAUAAUUAAUAGAAUUUAGGUUAAAGUUUAAAAGAUAAUGAAUCAGAGAUGAAGAUGUAUGUACCUUUUGUUAGGGCUUUGUCAUAUGUUGGAUAAUUAAUAUUUAGUCCAUAAAAUGAAGAAUUAUUUUCAUUAAAACAUGAAAUAGAGUAAUUGAAGGAAAAUGAUCCUAAAAAUAUCAAUAAAUAAGGAAUAAUUGAUUUUGAUUUGAUGAUGAUCAAAGUACUAUAAGUAUUUAGAAAUACAGUUGAAAAAACAAAGUUAUAUGUAAUUAAUGCUUUUGCAGCAAGUGAUUUGGAUGGGAAUGGGAUGUGCAAUUUGGAUGAAUUUUUAAUUUUAAAUAAAUAUAUAGAAGCAGAUAAAUAUGAUGAGGAUAAGUGGAUUGAGAUAUUUGAAGAUAAUGCAGAUAUUAUUACAGAAGAGGAAAGAGCAUUAUCUUUUGAAAGAUUUUCUAUUUUGUGUAUGGAAUACAAUUUGUUUAGUGAUCAAGCAUAGAAUAAAUUCCUAUAAAUCAAACGUAAAUAUUAAAUAUUAUUAUAGAUAAUAAUGAUUGUUAAGUGAAAUUUGAAUAGCUUAGAGAAUAAUGGCCAAAAGAUUUUAUAAAUUUUAAUUAGAAAUUAUAAAAUGCUUAAAUUGAUGAACAUUAUAAAGAAUAAUGGUCAAAAAUAUUAGAAGUGUUGAAUUAAAAAAUUUUAGAAAAUCCUGAGUAAAAGAAACCUCUUUUAAUUGCUUACAAAAUCUUUCUAAAUGAAAGUAAGGUUAAUAAGACUUAAUGA